AUGCGAGUGCUGACUGAGCAACCACAAAGACCGGUCGAUGAGAUGACUCAUCCCGCACGAGCUUCUGAUGUUGGGAUAUAUAUAGCAUCUCAAGAGGGAACCAUGGCAAUUCUAUCUACACUUCAGACAAAGAAGUCUUUGCCACUUGAUGAGAAAUGGCUACUUGUGCCAGCAUUUUUGAAGGUGCGAGGCCUUGUCAAGCAACAUAUCGUGAGCUUCGACUAUUUCGUCAAUCAAGAGAUCAAAACAAUCAUGUUAGCAAAUCAGAAGAUCACUAGUGAUGCUAAUCCUAACUUCUACCUUAAAUACCUUGACAUACGGGUUGGAAAGCCAUCUAGUGAGGAAGGUCUGAAUCAGAUCCAUGACAAAAUCACUCCACAAGAAUGCCGCUUGAGGGAUAUGACUUAUGCAGCUCCCAUAAAUGUCGAUGUUGAGUACACCCGCGGUAGCCAAAGAGUCAUCAAACGAGAUUUGACUAUCGGUCGUUUGCCCAUCAUGUUGAGAUCGAGCAAAUGCAUACUGAAAGAUCUGGCCGAAGAAGAGCUUGCUCGCGUGCAGGAAUGCCCAUAUGACCCUGGAGGUUACUUCAUCGUAAAAGGAUCGGAGAAAGUGAUACUCAUUCAAGAGCAGCUGUCGAAGAACAGAAUCAUGAUAGGCAGAAAUUCCAAUAAAGAUCUCCAAUGCGAGGUGUUGUCAUCGACUGCCGAGAAGAAAAGUAAAACAUACGUCAUUGCUCGAAGGAACAGAUAUUGGCUGCGCCACAAUCAACUCAGUGAUGACAUUCCCGUUGCCAUUGUAUUCAAGGCUAUGGGUGUCGAGUCGGAAUAUAACAUCAUCAGUGCAGUAGGGCUUGAGGAGAAAUAUGUCACCGCCUUCGCUGCUUCUCUUGAUGAGUGCUCUGCUAAUAAUGUUUUCACCCAACAGCAAGCUAUCAAUUACGUUACUACUAAGAUCAAAGCGCGCAAGUUUGGUGGACCUUAUGGAGCUGCAGCAUCAGCUAAUAUCAGCGUUCCCAAAGAACACGAAGCCGUUGACUUCUUGUCCUCGUCUAUGAUCUGCCACAUUCCAUGUCAUGACGGAAAUUUCAAAAUGAAAGCAAUCUUUUUGGGGUUGAUGAUAAGGAGGCUCAUUCAAGCAGAGCUGGGCGAAUGCGAUCUGGAUGAUCGAGAUUUUUAUGGAAAUAAGCGACUUGAAUUGGCAGGAUCAUUGUUAUCACUUCUUUUCGAAGAUGUGUUCAAGCGCUUCAACGGCGAGCUGAAAAGGGUGGCGGAUAAUUCGUUGGGGAAGACGCUUGCAGCCCCUCUUGAUAUUGUGAAACAUAUGCGCCAGGAUUUGAUUACCAAUGCGAUUUCAAACGCCCUCUCUACUGGUAACUGGAUAAUCAAGAGAUUUAGAAUGGAACGCCAUGGAGUCACUCAGGUUCUUAGUCGAUUGUCUUAUAUCUCAGCUCUUGGAAUGAUGACACGAAUUAACUCCACUUUUGAGAAGACCCGAAAGGUGUCAGGUCCUCGAUCGCUGCAGCCAUCGCAGUGGGGAAUGCUGUGUCCUAGCGAUACACCAGAAGGUGAGGCUUGUGGUCUGGUUAAGAAUCUUGCGCUCAUCUCGCACAUCACCACUGACUCGGAUGAAAGGCCAGUUCUUCGGUUGCUUUUCAAUUCCGGAGUUGAGGAUUUGCAGAACAUGCACUUUUCCCAUAUCAAUAACCCCAAUUAUCACCAAGUUUUCUUGAAUGGUCUGCUGGUGGGAACAACAUUAGAUCCUGCACGCGUGGUUCGUGCUGUACGAACAGUGAGGAGGAGUGGUCUUCUGUCGGAAUUCGUAUCUGUCUCGCGCUCUUUACCCCUUCGCGCAGUGUAUAUUGCUAGCGAUGGUGGUAGGUUAUGUCGCCCUUAUCUCAUCGUAGAAGAUGGAAAAGUUCUCCUCCAACCGCAUCAUAUACAGGAACUGAAAGAAGGUCAACGCAUUUUUGAAGACUUUGUAGAUGAUGGUUUGAUAGAGUAUCUGGAUGUGAAUGAGAUGAACGACGCUAACAUCGCUGUGUAUGAAACGGAUGUGAACGCGAAAACCACUCAUCUAGAGAUCGAACCAUUCACACUAUUGGGCGUUUGCGCUGGGCUCAUCCCGUACCCACACCAUAACCAGUCACCCAGAAAUACCUACCAAUGCGCUAUGGGUAAACAAGCGAUGGGAACAAUCGGUUACAAUCAGCAAAAGCGAAUCGACUCGAUCAUGUAUCUGCUUUGUUAUCCGCAGCGACCUCUUGUAAAGUCAAGGACCAUCGAGUUGAUCAACUUUGAAAAACUGCCUGCAGGUGCAAACGGCAUCAUUGCUGUCAUGUCUUACAGCGGAUACGAUAUCGAAGAUGCCCUGGUGCUAAACAAAGCAUCUUUGGACAGAGGGUAUGGAAGAUGUCUAGUCUAUAAACAUGCGAAAGGAACUGCGAGAAAAUAUCCAAACCAAACGUACGAUAGGUUGAUGGGACCUUCGCUGGAUCCUCUCACACGCAAACCCAUCUACAAGCAUAGGGUCCUGGAUCAAGAGGGAAUAGUUUUUGCAGGCGCUCGUAUUUAUUCGAAACAAACAAUGAUAAAUAAGCACAUGCCUGUGGUUUCCCAGGAAACUUCAUCGCCGACUGCCCAGCCCACUGCUCCUGGAUCUCGUUCGAUCGAGUACAAAGAUGUCUCAAUAACUUAUAAGAACCCUUUGCCUUCCUACGCUGAAAGAGUGCUUUUGACCUACAAUGAUGAGGAAGCGCACUUGAUAAAAAUUCUUCUCAGGCAAACAAGACGCCCCGAAUUGGGAGAUAAGUUCUCAUCUAGACAUGGUCAGAAAGGAGUGUGUGGGCUUAUCGCAGCCCAGGAAGAUAUGCCUUUCAACGAUCUGGGUAUGGUGCCAGACAUGAUUAUGAACCCUCAUGGAUACCCUUCACGAAUGACCGUGGGAAAGCUGAUGGAGUUGCUGAGCAGCAAAAAUGCUGUUUUGAGUGGGCGCUACCACUAUGGAACAGCUUUCGGAGGAGACCAGGUUAUCGACGUCUGCAAUGAAUUGGCAUCUCACGGAUACAAUUAUCUGGGCAAGGAUAUGCUGACGAGUGGGAUCACAGGCCAGCAGUUAUCCGCGUAUAUCUACUUUGGACCGAUCUAUUAUCAAAAACUGAAGCACAUGGUGCAUGACAAAAUGCAUGCUAGAGCGAGGGGACCGAGGGCUGUUUUGACUCGGCAACCCACAGAGGGUCGGUCGCGAGAGGGAGGACUGCGUUUGGGUGAAAUGGAAAGGGAUUGUCUCAUUGCUUAUGGAGCAUCGAUGCUGCUUAUAGAACGUUUGAUGGUGUCAUCUGAUGAAUUCAAGGUAGAAGUAUGCUCAGAAUGUGGUUUGAUCGGAUACCAGGGCUGGUGUCAGUACUGUCGAUCGAGCAAAUCACUGGCAAACAUCAAGAUACCCUACGCUUGCAAGUUAUUGUUCCAAGAGUUGCAGUCUAUGAAUAUUGUGCCUAGGCUUGACUUAGCAAGGUAUACAUAGUUCUGCUCAUUUUGUAUGCUUGUUCAGUAAUAAUUUUGAGCUUUGAAAGUUUACGUUUGUCUGUUGUUGUUGCGUAUAUCUUCUGUUCUUGUUCCUUUGUACAUUAGAUCCUUGUUACUUUGCAAAAUUGUUACUUGUUGCAGAUCCGAGCUAUGAAUUUUUUACUAAUAAUCUUUCUUUGUAGAAUGUGUUUAGCUGGCCCUGCUCGUUUAAUUUUUGUUAGCAAGGCAUCCGCCAAGAG